GGAGCCGCACAACCAGCUCGAGACACAGUUGUAGCAGCAACGUCCGAAGAGCCGCAGUCCGCCGCAGUCCGCCGUCCGUCCCUUUAACCGACCCACGAACCGACAGCAACAGCAGCCAUGAAGGAGCUGAAGAGUUUGUUCCUCUUGCUGCAACUUUUCACAGCUUGUCUGGUGUUUGCGGUGAACGAUGUGAAUGACUGUGCUGGCCAGCCAUGCGAGAAUGGGGGCACCUGCAGGGACCUGAAUGGAGAUUUCAAAUGCCACUGCCCAUCCCCUUAUGUGGGCAAACAUUGCCAACUGCGCUGUAUUUCUCUGCUCGGCAUGGAGGGUGGGGGCAUCGCUGAGUCCCAGAUCUCAGCCUCAUCAGUCCGUUACAGCAUGCUGGGGCUGCAGCGCUGGGGAUCUGAGCUUUCCCGCCUUCACAACAAGGGACUGGUUAAUGCCUGGAGCGCUGCUGCACAUGACAAGAACCCAUGGAUAGAGAUCAACAUGCAAAGAAAGAUGCGCUUUACAGGUAUUGUGACGCAGGGUGCCAGUCGCAUAGGAACAGCCGAGUUCAUCAAGGCCUUCAAGGUGGCCUCCAGCCUGGAUGGCAAGACAUACACCAUGUACAGAACAGAGGGAGAGAGGAAGGACCGUGUAUUCGUUGGAAAUGUGGACAAUGACGGCACAAAGACCAACCUGUUUGACCCCCCAAUCAUUGCCCAGUACAUCCGCAUUAUCCCUGUGGUGUGUCGCAAGGCCUGCACCCUGCGCAUGGAGCUGGUGGGCUGUGAGCUCAAUGGUUGUUCAGAACCGAUGGGCAUGAAGUCGCGGUUGGUGUCUAACCGCCAGAUCACGGCCUCCAGCACCUUCCGCACCUGGGGCAUCGAGCCCUUCACGUGGCUCCCUCACUACGCCCGGCUUGACAAACAGGGCAAGACCAACGCCUGGACCGCCGCUACCAACAACCGAUCUGAGUGGCUGCAGGUGGACCUGCUGUCUCCCAAGAAGAUCACAGGAAUCAUUACACAGGGGGCCAAAGACUUCGGUUCCAUCCAGUUUGUCACAGCCUUCAAAGUGGCUCACAGUGAUGAUGGACAGUCCUGGACCAUCGUGAAGGACGAGACCACAAAGACAGACAAGAUCUUCCCAGGCAACAGCGACAACAACGUUCACAAAAAGAACAUCUUUGAGCCCCCGUUCUACGGCCGAUAUCUCCGCAUCCUACCAUGGGAAUGGCACGAACGCAUCACCCUGCGAAUCGAGCUUCUUGGCUGUGACGAGUAGUGAUGCCCUGCAACCGCGCCCCCCCUCUUCCUCCUUUCUCUACCUCCUCCCUGCCUCCCCUCCUCCCUCCCUCCUUCCUCCCUCCCUUGUCCCUCCUGAGCCACACCUGCACUGCCUUGCUCUCAGGCCUAGGGGGCAGCAGACACCAGAGUAGCACACCACCACCCCAACCCUGGCUGGUUGGAGGUGAGAGAUGCUACCCGUAACCACUGUCAUCAGGGCCCUAGUGAGUUUAGCUCACCGUACCCCCUCUUUGUUCGUUUCCUGAAUUGAUCACUCAUCUUUUCCAACUGAACCAAAUCUGUGGUCAUUUCAAGAAACAAACGUAUGUCUUCUUUGUUACUGAGCAGAGUUGGGGUCAGAAAUUAAAGGUGGACCCUUUUAUCCCUUUGACAGUGGUCAGGGGUAACAGGACUGCUGCUGUAUCAGUCGGUGCUGCCUAGACUCUGAUCCUAGAUCACUUCUACCUGGAACAUUGAACCUCCAAGACCCACGGCUGGUGAUGUACAUAAGCUCCACUUAACGGCUUGCACACACACACACACCUCCGAUUGACAUUUAUGGUUGACUAUUUUUCUUUAAUAAAAAGUGGAUCUGCACAUCUGAUUAAUGUCUUAUAAGUCCGGUAGAAACCGGCUUCUUGCUCUUUAGUGGGAAAAGUAGCAAGUAAGACCAAAGUUUAAAACCAAUUUACAUCAAAUUCUCACAAUCUCAAGGUGUCCCACUAUGUGUUCUUCAAUAUUCCUAGUAUUUUUGGUUUGGACAGAAAAAUCCUCAGUUCAUUAGUUUGAGCUGCUUUAGAGGGUUAACAUCCCAGGUGUAAACAUAUUAUUUACCCUGGUAAGACAUAUACGUGUAGCAGCCAAUAACAGAAGAGCGAACAACCCACUAUUUACACAAAUUCUCAUUUUUGCUGAACAUGUGUACAAAAGCGUAUUCAAACGUUUACCAAGCUCUAUCUAUUUCUGUUUGAGGCCACAGCCUCAUUUGGAGGCUUCAGGCCAAAUCAGUGUAAAGUCAUCAACUCAUCUUGUGCCAACACACCCUCAGAUUUUUGUUUCUGUGGGUUUAUUUUGAAAAAUAAAGUAUACGGUGCACUGACUGAACAGAUUGAAAAAUUAAUCAAAUACACACCAAGUCUCUGUCACUGUGGGACAUAAUCAGUCAAUAAACCAUCAAAGUCACUUUAGCAGCCAAACAGAUGUGAUCUCAAAGCCAGAGCAUACACCCUCACUGACAGACAGGAUGUUAUAAACAAAGGACAAAGAGAGUUUGAGAUCACUGUUGAGUAAAAGAGAAGAGACACUUUAUUACUCUUGAGAAAAUGAAUAAUCUCUGCUGAGUAAGAUUUACACAUGCUGCUGUGAUGAGCGGGUGUGACAUGUUCAGCCAAAAAAGGACAUCUUACACAAGAACUCCAGUCUUAACAUUAUUCAUUCAGAAAAUGAUUACACCUCUCUGUCGUUUGAUUACAUUUAACAUUUGACAGUUUUUUGCAGUAUUCAUAUGUUAUUGGCUGCUACAGCAAGCAGUAUCAAAUUUCAUGAUUGGUUUAGUAAAAAAAUUGGUUAGCAUCAUAAACUGAGAAAUGAACAAUAAUGUAGAGGCUGCAAGUUAAACAUUUAUGAGGGGUGUUAUUGUCUCAGGUCAAAGCAGAUCUGCUCCUAAUGUACAGUAAAUGCUACUGAACGCUACUAAUUCACUCACUCGGCUGCGCUUCUAGUUCUAGUCACAUAGUUUAACUUUUUUAUGGCACUUUGAUGUUUUGUGUUUUGACAUUUGAAAUAUCCAAAAAACAACAAAAAAACAACAACAACAGUAUUGUGCUUUGAAGAACAAACAGUUAACCUUCUUAAGUACUACAUGUAAAAAAAUAAAUAAAUAUACUCACAGUUUAGUUUCUUUGUUGGAUUAAAGCGAGCUUUGAAAGUCUGGGUUGUUUAGUGUGAACAUGUGACAUGAAUAUAUACAGUACUUUUGUACUGAGGGCUGUCCGUAUUAGUAGAUGUUAAUGUUUGCUGCAGACGUCUUUUUAGGGUCCAACAUUAUGCCUCCAGUAGAAAGCUGAGGCCCUGCUGAUAAGACUGUAAAAGAGAAACCAAAUUAAAACUGAUUUUUACGGUUCCACUGGACAUGUGACACGACCCGCCAUAUCUGCUUCUGCCGCCCCCAUUACAGUAUUCUAAACCUUUACACCCCAUGAAUUAUGAAUUAUGGGCUUGUGCAAUAUUAUACUGUUAGUUUUGAUAACAAUGAAUAUUAAUUCAAGAUCCAAAAAAAAAAAAAUAAAUCCACGAGGGAUAGCAGUGCCACUGAGAGGUCGAGGGUAGAUGUUGUUGUCAAACACUGUACAAUAUUUAUUAUUGUUGCAGACGAUUCCAUAAGCACUCACCCUUGCUUUCCAUGUCUGCAUGCAUUUUAUUGACUAGUGUUAUUCAGUUUAAGUUGAACCAAUUUGAAUUUAUUGGUGGCAUAGCUUCAUUUUUUUUACUAGGUAUUCAUCAACAUUCAAAGUAUUGUAGAUAUCUUGUUUCCCCGCUAUUCAGGUUUUCUAUGAUUGAUCAAAAAAUGAUGACAUUGAUGUGUUUUUAUGGUAUUAUAAGUUCAUUUCUUGCUAUACUGACUGUUGACCUCAUAGAAUUUAAACUGGAUUUGAAGUUUUUUUUAUUCCAGUGUUGUGUUUCUAAGAGGCUUCCUUUAUGUUUGACCUUUGUAUCUUAAAAUCAAGAAUAAAUAAAGAAUUUAAAAACAGAAA